AUGGCAGCAAUGAUGCGGAGCUGGUCGCAGGAGGCCGAAUACCGGAGUUUUGCGGCUGGCUUCCAUGCCACUCCCGGCCCACUUGCAAAUCCGCAACGACUGGCUGUGCUGAGAAUUCCUGGCCCGAGCUGGUCAAAGCACCCGUGGUUCUCUUCUUCAGUGGAGCAGUCACAGCAAUAUUCAGAAGAGGUGGAAUCAGAUUCAGUUUGGGAAAGUACAUCUUCUGUGCCGGAGGGACCUCUGGCCUCCGCCCGCAUGGGCCACAGUGCUGGCUUUCAACGACUCGCAAGCUUGCAAGUGCACUUGCCGGGCACCCUGGUGCCCUCAUCCGACGCGCACCUCAGCGCCAUCCAUGGCCACGACAUCCUUGAGGAGAAGCUGGCGGAAAUCCUGGGUGUGCCGACAGCAGCAGUUAAACUUGUAAAUUGUUCAAUGCACCCAACUCCAUGA